AUGUAUCAUUAUUUAUUGACAACAAGGAACCACAUUUUCCCCACAUUUUUGUAUAUUUAUGAUUUUAUUACAAGAAAUGUUUCAAACAAUGUCGACCAUAAACUUGGAAAUACAUGUAAUAUAAUUGCAUCUAAUUUACAAAUUAAUGGAUACUAUAAAGGAAUGUUUAUUUCAAAUUGUAAAGAACUUAUAUCCUAUUUAGAAUAUAUAAACGGACAAAAAGAAUUUAUUGACAUAAAACCAAGUUGCAACUAUUUCAACUUCAAACUAAAAGCAGCACUAGAAUAUUAUGAUUGUUCUGUAAAAAGCACUAAAGAUGCUUACGAGAAAAUGAUUUCUGCAGGCGAAAUAAAACAAAAUAAAAGUGUAUCCAAUAUAUGUGUAAAUUAUGUAAAAGAUCUUGAUGAUAUUACAGUUUCUAUAUUGGAAAAACUGAAUAAAUUAUAUAUUAGUUUUAUAAAAAACAAAAAUAUAUGCUCUCCUCAUAGUAACUGUUAUGAUAUAUAUAUGGAACUUUCAGAAAAUUAUAAAAAUUGGAAUAACAUAAGUUUUCAUGAAUUAUUGUAUCGUUUUAAAGAAGAAAAUAUGAAAUAUAUUAUUACUGUAAAUCCGUUACCUAAAAAAUCUGAAAUCAUAGAUUGCUCAUCUUCGAAAAAGACGCGUAUCAUUAUUUUAGCUUCAUAUAUUGUACCUAUUUCAAUAUUAACAAUUAUAUUUUUUCUGCAUAAAGUUAGAAAUAAAUUUAAUUUAUUUAUUUACAAAAUAUAUUGUUCAUUUCUGCAACCAUUGGCAAGGAUGUUGAGCAAUAUAAUGAACAAAAAAAAUUGUCAUAAGCUCAAUUUAAGGGAUUCAUUUACAACGACGCAUAAUAAUUUAAUAGAUGAUAAGUUUCGAAUGUCAUACAACUCCUUAGAUUACAAUUAA